AUGGGACUUGGAGGGAAGAAAGGAACUGUGACUCCUCAUGAACGGAGUCCAAGCCCAAGACCUAAAAGGAGGCUAAAACCUACUCAGAAAAAGCAAGUGAAGAGGAAAAAAAGGAGGAAAGACUUAGAGGAACUGAAGAAGGAAGUGGUUCUGGAUGAUCACAAAUUAACCCUGGAACAACUGAGUGCCAAGUAUUCCGUGGACCUGACAAAGGGACAUACUCCUGAACGGGCAAGAGAACUUCUGAUACAAAAUGGACCCAAUAUGCUGACUCCACCCCCCUCAACUCCAAAAUGGGUCAAGUUCUGUAAACAGCUCUUUGGUGGCUUCUCCCUCCUGCUGUGGACCGGUUCCAUUCUCUGCUUCGUGGCCUAUGGCAUUCAGGUGUACUUCAAGGAGGAGUCUAGCAAAGACAAUCUGUACCUGGGCAUUGUGCUAGCCAUUGUGGUCUUCAUCACUGGCUGCUUCUCCUAUUAUCAGGAAGCCAAGAGUUCCAAGAUCAUGGAGUCUUUUAAGAACAUGGUGCCACAGAAAGCUAUGGUCAUUCGAGGUGGAGAGAAGAUGCAAAUUCAUGUCGAAGAUGUGGUAUUGGGAGAUCUUGUGGAAGUGAAAGGGGGAGACCGAAUACCUGCUGAUCUGCGACUUAUCUCUGCCCAAGGAUGCAAGGUGGACAACUCGUCCUUGACCGGGGAAUCUGAGCCCCAGUCCCGCUCCCCUGACUUCACCCAUGAGAACCCUCUGGAGACCCGCAACAUCUGCUUCUUCUCCACCAACUGUGUAGAAGGGACAGCCCGGGGCAUCGUGAUUGCUACAGGAGACUCCACCGUGAUGGGCAGAAUUGCCUCCCUGACAUCAGGGCUGGCAGUUGGCCAGACCCCCAUUGCAGCUGAGAUUGAACACUUCAUCCAUCUGAUCACGAUGGUGGCCGUCUUCCUUGGUGUCACUUUUUUCGGGCUCUCGCUCAUCUUGGGCUACAGCUGGCUGGAGGCUGUCAUUUUCCUUAUUGGCAUCAUUGUGGCCAAUGUACCUGAGGGACUACUGGCCACUGUCACUGUGUGUCUGACCCUGACCGCCAAGCGCAUGGCACGCAAGAACUGCCUGGUGAAGAACCUGGAGGCCGUGGAGACGCUGGGCUCCACGUCCACCAUCUGCUCCGACAAGACGGGCACCCUCACCCAGAACCGCAUGACCGUCGCCCACUUGUGGUUCGAUAGGACCGUGUAUGCAGCAGACACCAGCGAAGACCAGAUUGGGAAAACGUUUGCCAAGGGCUCUGAUAGCUGGUUUAUCCUGGCCCGAAUCGCUGGCCUGUGCAACCGAGCUGAUUUUAAAGCCGAUCAAGAGGACAUACCUAUAGCUAAGCGAUCUACAACAGGUGAUGCUUCAGAGUCGGCCCUCCUCAAGUUCAUCGAGCAAACGCACAGCUCUGUGAAGGAGAUGAGAGAGAAAAGUCCCAAGGUGGCAGAGAUACCCUUUAAUUCUACCAAUAAGUACCAGGUGUCCAUCCACCUCCGGGAGGACAGCUCCCAGACCCACGUGCUGAUGAUGAAGGGUGCCCCUGAGAGGAUCUUGGAGUUUUGCUCUACUUUCCUUCUGAAUGGACAGGAGUACCCCAUGGACAAUGACAUGAGGGAGGCCUUCCAGAAUGCCUACUUAGAAUUGGGGAGCCUGGGGGAGCGUGUGCUAGGGUUCUGCUUCUUGAAUCUGCCCAGCACAUACUCAAAGGGAUUCCCUUUCAAUACGGAUGAGAUCAAUUUUCCCAUGGAUAACCUGUGCUUUGUGGGCCUCAUAUCCAUGAUCGACCCUCCCCGAGCUGCCGUGCCAGAUGCUGUGAGCAAGUGUCGCAGUGCAGGGAUUAAGGUGAUCAUGGUGACAGGUGAUCAUCCUAUUACAGCCAAGGCCAUUGCCAAGGGUGUGGGCAUCAUUUCUGAAGGCCAUGAAACAGCAGAGGAUGUUGCUGCUCGGCUUAAUAUUCCUGUCAAACAAGUGGAUCCCAGGGAUGUCAAAGCCAUCGUGGUGCAUGGCUCAGAACUAAAGGACAUGAGCUCAGAGCAGCUUGACCACAUCCUCCAAAACCACGCGGAGAUCGUGUUUGCACGGACCUCCCCGCAGCAGAAGCUCAUCAUUGUAGAGGGGUGUCAGAGGCUGGGAGCCAUCGUGGCAGUGACGGGUGACGGGGUGAAUGACUCCCCGGCGCUGAAGAAGGCAGAUAUCGGCAUUGCCAUGGGCAUCACUGGCUCAGACGUCUCAAAGCAGGCAGCUGACAUGAUCCUGCUGGACGACAACUUUGCCUCCAUCGUCACGGGCGUGGAGGAGGGCCGCCUGAUCUUUGACAACCUGAAGAAAUCCAUCGCCUACACCCUGACCAGCAACAUCCCCGAGAUCACCCCCUUCCUGCUGUUCAUCAUCCUUGGCAUCCCCCUGCCCCUGGGCACCGUGACCAUCCUCUGCAUCGACCUGGGCACAGACAUGGUCCCUGCUAUCUCCUUGGCUUAUGAAUCAGCUGAAAGUGACAUCAUGAAGAGGCUUCCUCGGAACCCAAAGACUGAAAACCUGGUGAACAAGCGCCUCAUUGGCAUGGCCUAUGGACAGAUUGGAAUGAUACAGGCUCUGGCAGGAUUUUUCACCUACUUUGUGAUCCUGGCUGAGAAUGGAUUUAAACCUUUCGAUCUACUGGGCAUCCGUUUAGAGUGGGAAGAUCGGUACUUAAACGACAUGGAAGACAGCUAUGGACAACAGUGGACCUACGAGCAGCGGAAGGUGGUGGAGUUCACCUGCCACACGGCCUUCUUCGCCAGCAUCGUGGUCGUGCAGUGGGCUGACCUCAUCAUCUGCAAGACCCGCCGCAACUCGGUCUUCCAGCAGGGCAUGAAAAACAAGGUCCUCAUAUUUGGGCUCCUGGAGGAGACAUUUCUGGCCGCCCUCCUGUCCUACACUCCAGGCAUGGAUCUUGCCCUGCGAAUGUACCCACUCAAGAUAACCUGGUGGCUCUGCGCAGUUCCCUACAGCAUCCUUAUCUUCGUCUACGAUGAAAUCAGGAAACUCUUGAUCCGUCAGCGGCCUGGCUGUUGGCUGGAGAGAGAGACCUACUACUAA